GUGUGUAUUAUACUGACACGAGAAAUGCUUCUCCGCUGGCAUAGUUUGAUCGUCUGUUAAUCAUUAUAUUGUUUCGGUUCGUUUACUGCUCCAUUAAGUUUGGUCUCGUGAAAUAAAUUUGCUCAUGUCCAAGCAUUCUAGCGCUGGUGGUGGUCAGAAAACUGAAGCUCAGCAAAUUGAGUCUAAAGAUGCCGAAAAGGCUGAACUUAACAGUGUCCCUCAAGUAAGAUUAGCAUGGUCUCCAGAAAAUGAAGAGGAUGGUGCACCCUUGCAUCACAGAAAAUCUUGUAUCGGAGUAGGCUGGUUUUUUUGGAUACUGUUGGUUGUAAUUGUCACAGCCAUCAUCGCAGUCAUCGUCAUUUGCACAGGAACAGACGCGUGUAAAAGCUGUAAACCAGUUGACGGUGUAUGGAGUGAAUUUGAAGAUUGGUCAGAGUGCUCAGCAAACUGCGAUGGAGGUACCCAAACAAGGACCAAAUCGUGCACUGCUCCUAACCAGUGUGGGACUGAGUGUUCUGGUGAUGAUGAAGAAUUGAGAGAGUGCAAUACUGAACCCUGCCCCACGCCCUGUAAUAAGCCAGCCAUAAGUGACGGUAAAGUUGAACCAGAUUCGGAUACAAUAAAUUCAGGAACUACUUACGAGGUUACUUGUAAUGCCGGGUUCGUAAUAUCUGACUCCGGGAUUUCAACAGUAACGUGCACUAACGGGGUACUUUCUACAGUACCAACUUGUCAACCAGCGCCCUGCAAUAAGCCAGAUAUUAAUGACGGUAAAGUUGAACCAGAUUCGGAAACAAUAAAUUCAGGAACUACUUACGAGGUUACUUGUAAUGCCGGGUUCGUAAUAUCUGACUCCGGGAUUUCAACAGUAACAUGCACUAACGGGGCACUGUCUACAGUACCAACUUGUCAACCUGCGCCCUGCGAUAAGCCAGAUAUUAAUGACGGUAAAGUUGAACCAGAUUUGGAGACAAUAAAUUCAGGAACUACUUACGAGGUUACUUGUAAUGCCGGGUUCGUAAUAUCUGACUCCGGGAUUUCAACAGUAACGUGCACUAACGGGGUACUUUCUACAGUACCAACUUGUCAACCUGCGCCCUGCGAUAAGCCAGCCAUAAGUGACGGUAAAGUUGAACCAGAUUUGGAGACAAUAAAUUCAGGAACUACUUACGAGGUUACUUGUAAUGAUGGGUUCGUAAUAUCUGACUCCGGGAUUUCAACAGUAACGUGCACUAACGGGGUACUGUCUACAGUACCAACUUGUCAACCUGUGCCCUGCGAUAAGCCAGAUAUUAAUGACGGUAAAGUUGAACCAGAUUCGGAGACAAUAAAUUCAGGAGCUACUUACAAGGUUACUUGUAAUACCGGGUUCGUAAUAUCUGACUCCGGGAUUUCAACAGUAACGUGCACUAACGGGGCACUUUCUACAGUACCAACUUGUCAACCUGUGCCCUGUAAUAAGCCAAGUAUUAAUGACGGUAAAGUUGAACCAGAUUCGGAAACAAUAAAUUCAGGAGCUACUUACGAGGUUACUUGUAAUGCUGGGUUCGUAAUAUCUGACUCCGGGAUUUCAACAGUAACAUGCACUAACGGGGUACUUUCUACAGUACCAACUUGUCAACCUGUGCCCUGCGAUAAGCCAGCCAUAAGUGACGGUAAAGUUGAACCAGAUUCGGAAACAAUAAAUUCAGGAACUACUUACGAGGUUACUUGUAAUGCCGGGUUCGUAAUAUCUGACUCCGGGAUUUCAACAGUAACGUGCACUAACGGGGUACUUUCUACAGUACCAACUUGUCAACCUGCGCCCUGCAAUAAGCCAGAUAUUAAUGACGGUAAAGUUGAACCAGAUUUGGAAACAAUAAAUUCAGGAACUACUUACGAGGUUACUUGUAAUGCCGGGUUCGUAAUAUCUGACUCCGGGAUUUCAACAAUAACAUGCACUAACGGGGCACUGUCUACAGUACCAACUUGUGAUUCUCAUCUUACUGUUGAUUGA